CAAGCAAAAAUUUCUUCUUCUUCAGACUAAAACAUAAUACUUCACCAUUCUUCCUUUGACAAUGUCAGCCUCAUCGCUCUCCAUGGCUGCCACAGCCACAGCUACUGCCACAGCUUCCUCCUCACUCUGCUGCAACAAGCUCUCCAAUCUCUCAUUCACCAACUCUAUCCUCCCCAUCCCUACCCAAUUCCCAUCGAAACGCAAACCGCCAAAACCCCUCAUCCUCAAAGCCCACCUCUACAACUUCCCUCCUUUCCCUCUCAUAUCUCUCCCACCCUUUCCCCGUGCUUCGGCCGCAUUCGACGGCUUGGAGACCGAGGAAGAUGGCCAAAGCACAGAACAAGAAGACCCAGAAACCGAAUCGAGUGAAAAUCAAGCAGAAGAAGGGGAAGAGGAAGAGCCGAAGGCAUUGAGGUCUAGUCAAGAAGGGAGGCUCUAUAUUGGUAAUUUGCCAUAUUCUAUGACUUCUGCCCAGUUGGUUGAAGUGUUUGAAGAGGCUGGCCGUGUGGUUUCUGUGGAGGUUGUUUAUGAUAGAGUUACGGAUAGGAGCAGAGGGUUUGCGUUUGUUUCCAUGGGGAGUGUUGAGGAAGCUAAAGAAGCAAUUCGGAUGUUUGAUGGCUCUCUAGUCGGAGGCCGAACUGUUAAGGUGAACUUCCCAGAAGUGCCAAGAGGAGGUGAAAGGGAAGUUAUGGGCCCCCAGGUAAGGAGCAGCAUCAGGGGCUAUAUAGACAGCCCUCACAAGAUCUAUGCUGGAAACCUUGGUUGGAGCCUCACUUCCCAGGGCCUUAGAGAUGCUUUUGCAGAUCAGCAAGGGCUAUUGAGUGCCAAAGUCAUCUAUGAGAGAGACUCGGGAAGAUCUCGUGGCUUUGGAUUCGUCUCUUUUGAAACCGCCGAGGAUGCACAAUCUGCUUUGAGUACCAUGAAUGGAGUGGAGGUUGAAGGGCGGCCUCUACGACUAAAUUUGGCUGCAGAAAGGGCUUCUUCUUCUUCUCCUCCUCCACCGGAGAAAAGAAAUGCAGAUAACAUUCUCGACAGCAGUGAAUUGCUUUCGAGCAUCGGCAGCUGAGGAAAAUAUGUAAGGAGUGCACCCCUUCUACUUCCAUAACUUUACUCCUUGCAGUCCUGUUUUUCUCCUGGUCUUCCACCGUGUACAGGCUCCAAAUUGUUCCUGUCGCUGAGUUAUACACAAUGUACUUAUAGCAGAAUUGCCUUUAAAUGUAGAAGGGAAAUUGUUGAAUAAUCGAUUGAUGAAUAUGAUUGUAAAACAACUUGUAACAACUAAUUUCUCAUGAUUCUAGAGUACAGUUCGGUGAUGUGAGUAUAUAUAUUACAGGUUUUCUUC